AUCUGCCUCGCUAGGCUGUGAGGGGCAUGACGGAAGGCCGCUUGUCGUUUCUCGUCGUGUCUGGAUCCAUCCGCAGGUAGCAGAACAUUACAUGGAAGUCAUAUGAUGUCGAGAUCGGAGUCGGAGUUUGUGUAGGACGGCUUAUGAAAAGGAAAAAAGAUUUUUUUUUUUCUUUUUGUUUCUUUGCAGAAUUGAAGCCGCCCGCGCCUUUCCGAGCGGCCUCCGACAAACAGCCCCCAAAUUGUGGCUGGAGAAGUGAUCUCGUGCAGCGAAAUAUAUGGGCGGGCGUCAGGGGAUGGAAUCCCACAGCCUUAUGGUACGUUUCAAUCAAAGCGUCGCCUGCCACUGGAAGACAAUUGCCUCGUCGAAACCUCGAGGUGGUCGGUCUGGAAGCCGAUCGCGGCGAGACAGGCAGUGCCGGCUAUUUCCAUCCUGUGUUGGCGGUGACCGGAGGAUGGGAGAUGAAGAAGAGCGUCUCGGCGAAGGAUUGGAGGUGGUGUGUGUGUAUGUGUGUGCCUGGAUGGAUUGACGCGUCCGAUGUGGUGGUGGUGGUGGUGUACGCGUUCUGGGACCUGGCAAAGACGCGGCCACUAGCCAAUGAUGGAAUCGAGAGGAGUUUCAGAGUUGGUUCUAGGACUCCAAGAUUCUAGUGUAUUCGCGACUUUUCUGUCUGUCAGCCAGUCAGUCAGUCAUUCAUUCAUUGAAGGAUUUGGGUGCAUCGUAUGCGGCCAGG